AGAGUGAGUGAGGCAGAAGAAGGAACAUGGAGCACCUCAAGAGGGUCCUACUGUUGGCCAGUGUGGCCAUUCUCAUCCCUGCACAGGCUUUACCCCCAUCCAGCCUGAGUUAUGAGCAGGCCCUCUCCACAGCCAUUCAUUUCUACAAUGAGGUCCACAGAGGAGAGAAUGCCUUCCGGCUUCUCCAAAUCUACUCUACUUCACCCAAUCAGGGCCCCCACGAGCAAACUCUGAAGCGUAUGAACUUUACCUUGAAGGAAACUGUGUGCCCAAUGACUGAAGAGCUCCUGCUGGACCAAUGUGACUUCAAAACUGAUGGGCUGGUGAAAGAAUGUCAAGGCUUGGUAUCCAAUGAACAGGGCAUUGCGGCCAUCAUCCUCACCUGUGACCCAGUGGCCCCAGAGCUCCUUCGCUCCAGAAGAAGCCCACUUCCCAGACGAAAGAAAGGGUCAAAGAAAAACAGCUACAAAACUGGGGGAUACUCUGUGAUUGCCCUUGGAAAGUCCAAUGUGCAUAAGGCCCCAUAUAUGGAGGCUCUCUAGGCUCAAACCAAUAUAACCAGAGCUUGCUUUCUCCCUUACAUUUUACUCUUUUUCAAUUUCCACUCCCCUAAUGACAUAUAGACACACACAGACACAGACACAGACACAGACCCACACAUACACACACCCUAUAUUAUCUAUAGGUAUGUAUUUUUCUCUGUGUGGUACACAUAUACAAUAUAAUAUAGGGGGUACAUAUAUAAUUUGUAUGGGUUAUACAUACAUAUGACGUGUGCGUCUGUUUGUAUAUAUAUGGCCUGGUCUUCAAGACUCGAGCAUUUGUGUAAGAUUUUCUUCCUUGGUGGAGAAAACAAUGUCUUGUUACUACAAGCCUGUCUGUGUGAAAGGUGGAGCUGGUGGAAUGGCUUUGGAGAUGAGAGAUAUUAUUCCUCUUUCCUGCUUCAAGGGAGGACGCACAUUUCUAGACAUUAUUUUUAAAGAGACCCAUGGAGAGAGAGAGAGACAGAGAGAGACAGAGAGAUGGAGAGACAGAGACAGAGAGACAGAGACAGGGACAGAGAGAGAAACACAGAGAGACAGAGACAGAGACAGAGACAGAGACACUUUGGAAGGUAGACAUGCAGGAGAAAGCUAGUUCCUCACAUGUGUCCCAGAUUUCCAGUUGGCCUUCCUAGAGUCUUUGGGGAAUUGCCCGUUGGAUGAGACCUAAGUGCUUCUCUCUUGGUUGACCUGAAAUAUCUCAUGCUCCAUGGGAGAGCUUGUUGAUUCUGUGCAUUUUCUGGCAUAUUCUAACCUAUGUAACUUGUCUGAUUUCUGUUUGCUAUGUGCUCAGAUAAAUGGAUUUACUCAUCCUUCAGUA